AUGUGCUCCAUAGUACUACUUCAUCAAUGGAGUUUGGCUGUGUUCUUGCUGUGUUCUCCAGCGAUGCCUUACGGGAGGCCAGUUGACGCACUAAGUAGCAGAAUGCGGCGGUCAGUGAGCCAUGCCCAGCUGAUGCACGACAAAGGUCGCAGCAUGCAGGAGUUGAAGCGUCGUCUGUGGCUGCAGGAGCUAUUAGAGGAGGUGCACACGGCCGAUGAACGGGCACCGCCCACUCAUAGUAGGACGCCCAAUUUCAGUGGGAACGACCUCCACCAAAAGACCCCGGAGGCCACCAAGAACCUGCCCCAUAGGUUCGGGGCGGACCGCGAAGGCCCUGUCCUGCCCCAGGAGACCAACAAGGUGAUGGCUUAUAAGGACCAGGACCAACCACUCAAAGUGGCCACCAAAAGGAAAAAAAAGGCUAAGCUGGGCCGGCGCAGGGAGGGCGACAAGAAGCGAAGGAGGACCCGCUCGGCCCAAACGCAAGAGUGA